AUGGCAUUCCAAUGUUUUCGUGCGGCAAAAACUGCAGACGAAGAAAGGUGUUUGCUUGCUGAAGCAACACCGAAAAUCACUGCAUAUACAUAGUACGAAAUGGGCUUUGAAGGUUUUUGAAGAGUCGCAGUCUACACGGGAUAACUAGAAUGUACUUGAAAUUGUUGAAUGCUAAUUCUUGGUUUUAUUUGUAGGUUUGCUUUAUAUCGUAAGACAUUAGAUGCAGAGAUGAAGUAUGCUACAAAAAGUGGCGUCGCAGUAGCAUGCAAGAAAGAAGAUCGCAAGGACGUUACGGCCGAAGAGGAGAGUCUACUCUGGGAGAAAGGACUAUUAGGAGGCACAACAGCUGAGUCGUUACUUCAUACGGUAUGUUUUACAACGGGAAAAUGUUUGGUCUGA